AUGUCUGGCAACGUCAUCUGUGUAAAUAUCACAAACGCUGGGGCUCCGCUCUCCAUUCCAUUUCAGGCUUCUGAAGGAAUUGACAAGUGGAGCUUCUUUGUGGAGUCCACGCUCACCAGACACAAAGACAGCUCUGGGCAGGGUCCGCAGACUGACAGGCCAGGACGGGUGGCGCCAGCCACCAGAUCCCUGAAUCCAUGUGUAGUUUGCUUUUUUGUGGUAGCUGCAGUGGUGAUCCUGGCAGUGACCAUCGGUCUCUUAGUCUACUUUUUAUCAUUUGAUCGGAAACCAUAUCUUUACCAAAGUAACCUUCAAAUCACAAAUGUAGAAUACACAAAGCAUUUGGAUUCACCAACUUCACAAGAAUACAGAGUUUUAAGUAAAAACAUUGAAAAUUUGAUGAAUAGUACCUUCAAAGCAUCAAAUUUAGGAAGACAAUUCAUCAGAGCUCAUGUUGUAAGCAUUCGGCCGGGUGAUCCUGGUGUGAUUGCAGCUGUUCUCCUGAAGUUUCAAUUCACAAGAAGGGUGAGGGGAUCAUCAAUGAAAAACAGGAUCGAUGAUAUUUUAAGGCAACUACAGAAUAAUGCUGGGACUAUGACAAUCGAUAUUUUGCCUGCAGUAGUUCAACCUAUUCCUCCUGAGGUUGCACAAGAAAUUUUCAUCAACGAAUGUGGGUCUCGCCCUGACCUCAUGUCACUGUCCUAUGAAAGAAUCAUAGAAGGAACACAAGCCAAAGCGGGAGACUGGCCGUGGCAAGCAAGCCUUCAGCUCAACAAUAUUCAUCACUGUGGAGCUAUCCUCAUUAGCAACACCUGGCUCCUGACUGCUGCUCACUGCUUUCGAAGUGUCCGUGACCCACGCCGAUGGAGUAUUAGCUUUGGAUAUUCCCUAAGUUCACCAGAAAAAAGAGCAAAUGUGAAGAGGAUUAUAAUACAUCCUAAUUAUAUAUCAGCAACUCAUGAAAAUGACAUUGCACUAGUGGAGAUGAGUAAUAGAAUCACCUUUACCAAGAGCAUCCAUCGAAUCUGUCUCCCAGAGGCCAAUCAGAACAUCCCUGUGGGGAGCAGUGUUUAUGUGACAGGAUGGGGAUCCCAUAGACUUGGUGGUUCAAGUGUAAAUAUUCUUGAGCAAGGUGGAGUUCAAAUCAUGAGCAAUAACGACUGUAAUUCAUUCGAACAAUAUAAUGGACUGGUGAAACCCGGUAUGAUAUGUGCUGGAAAACCUGGAGGUGGUGUUGAUGCUUGUCAGGGAGAUUCUGGUGGACCAUUAGCGAUGGCUGACUCAAGGCAGAUCUGGUCGGUUUGGGGAAUAGUGAGUUGGGGAUAUGAAUGUGGCCUGCCCAACAAACCUGGAAUCUAUACUUUUGUGCCCUUCUAUCGUGACUGGAUAACUCAACAAACUGGAAUCUAGUACAAUAACUAGAUUUCUCCUGUAAAUGUUGUAUGCAGGGUGUGUCUGUCUGAAAUGCCAAAGCCUUUUCCACUCAUUUUUGGUCAUUAUCUUAACAUGGUGCUUUUAUGAAAUCAUCAAAGAUUUUAACAGAAUAUCUCUUCAUUAAAAUGCUCCUUAUGAUAAAUCUUUUCCUUUUAGGGGAUGGAUUUUUUUUUUUAACCCAAAAGGUCUUUCU